UGCAAAAUGGAUGGACCUUCAACCAGCGCCGAAGCAGCGGCAGCUGGUAAUGGUCCAGAUCCACGCUUGGAGCUAAUGGGUUCCUUUGUUAUAAAAUCCCUAAAAUUAAAACCCGAAAAAUGGACACGUGUCAUCACCGUAGAAGAGACCAAGGGAAUUAUAAAAGAAUUCCUUGAUCGUCCAACACCAGUAGUCCUAAUUAUUAUUCUAACACAAUCUGCACAGUUAUUGCCUUCGACCACAUUUCCACUGACACAACUGAAAAGCAAGGGAGUUUAUUUCAUUAAAAAGCACCCAGAGCCAAUACCCCGCGAGAAUUGUAAUCAUUUUAUUAUCAGCGGUGAUUUGGCCACACGGACAAUUGACCAGUUGUCGGCAUUGGUGGAGGAAGUUUUGGUACCUCUGCUAUCGAAUGAGAUCAAUUACAAGAAAUGGCCAUUUAUGGUGGCUCAAGAUGUCCAGAAACAUGUCCACAGUUUAAAGAGUACCGUGCAUCAGGUUAAGGGUCAGGUGAGCGGUGAGACUAUCCUAGCCAUGCCAGUGGGUGUUGAGAAAAUCGUUAAAGCCGCCGCAGCAAUUAGUGAAAACCCACAAUUGCAAAUUGAUUUGUAUUUGAAAAGUGCCAUCGAAGGUGUGGUCAUCAAAUGGGCCACGCAGGUCCAUGAAGUCAUCAAGGAGAAUCCGGCAAAUGCCUUCCUAAAUGGUCAAAAUCCAACACCGACAACGGAAUUUGUUUUCUGGAAUAAUCGUUUGAAAAAUCUUUCGUUUAUUUUUGAGCAAUUGCGUAAUGAGCGCAUUCGGGCCAUGGCCUUGGUUUUGGAACAUUCACGUAGCGCAUAUUUUCCAUGCUUUCAAACGCUAUUUAAAAAUGUAGUUACUGCACUUGCUGAAGCCAAGGACAUUACCAUGUAUCUGAAUCCUUUGAAGAAAUGUGUCCAACAAUUGGAGGAAAUGGAUUUUGCUGAAUGUAAACCUAAUCUAAUACCACUAAUGCAUGUGGUCUGCACAAUAUGGGGUAAUUCCCGUUAUUAUAAUCAUUCGUCGAAAAUCACAAUACUACUUAGACAGAUCUGCAAUUUGAUUAUACAUCAGGCCAAACGCUUUUUGGAUCCCUCUUCGAUAUUCCACAGCGACAUAGAUGAAGCCAUGCAACGACUGACAUUGUCCAUCGAAAUAUUGAAAUUCUUUCGUGCUCUCUUUGAUCACUACAAGGAAAAAAUUGCCGAUUAUUUUAAAGAGCCCGAGGAGAGGCCACCGAUUCAUUGGACUUUUCAUCCUAAUUCAGUUUUCAAACGCUAUAAUGCUUUUCUGGAGCGUUUGACUACGAUUCAAUGGUUCUUCUUCACGGUGAUUGAAUUCUUGAAGCUGGAGAAAGUUGAAAUCGGUGGUCUACGCGGUCGCCAACUGAGUACACGCAUUACGGCCGUUUAUGUUGAGUUCAAUCAAUACUUUACGGCCUUCGCAUCGAAAAGUUAUGAUGUUUUAGAUCCCGAUGAUCUUGAAUUCGAUGUGGAUUUUGAAAAUUUUCAAAUGCGUAUACUAGAGUUGGACAUGAAAUUGGCCGCGAUACUGUGUCAGGCAUUCGACGAUUGUUACAAUUUGGAGAGUAUUUUUAAGCUUAUUAACAUUGUGGGAAGUGUAUUGGAGAGACCCAAGAUCAAGGAACAAUUUACACAAAAAUAUACCGAGAUCGUACGGAUGUUGGACGAAGAGCUGACAGUGUGUGAAGAUAUCUAUGACAAACAAAUGUUUAUGAGAUAUGAUAAUUUGACAUUAUAUCCCGAAUAUAAUUGUCCACCGGCGGCGGCAUUUAUACGCUGGUGUGGUCAGCUGGAACGGAGGAUAACCAUACCCAUGAAACAAUUUCAGGCCUUGCAACAUGAAAUAACCAAAUCGGAACAAUCAUUGGAUAUUAUAAAACGUUACGAACGCCUGCUAUUGAAAAUCGGUGCCAGCCGUUCGUAUGUCUUCGAGGAAUGGACGGAAAAACUAAAUGAACAAAUCGAAACAAAUCUGGAAAAGUCGCUGAUCAAACGUGAUCCCAGUACAAAUCUAUUGAUACUCAAUUUUAGUGCCGAACUAUUCUGCAUAUUGCGUGAGGUACAUUACCUAAAGCAAAUGGAAGUUGAAGGUGUACCGCAGGUGGCCUUAGAUUUCGCUGACAAGGGUGAUGUCUUCCGCACGUACACAUUGAAUUUGGAAAAGACCAUUGAUUGGUAUAAUACCAUUCAAGAGAAUAGUUCUACGGUGGAAUUGAAAAUGAUUGAGAAGGAAAUACGACAGAUCGAUGAUUUGGUUGAGGUUGGCAUUAAUGAAUUGGUAUGGAAUUCGGAAGACAUUCUAACCUAUCUCAAUAAGUUACGACAACCUGUUGCUGCUCUUCAAAAUCGCAUGGAUCAUACACAGGGAAAUCUCAAACAAAUUCGCGAUAUAAUGUCCGUUUGGGUUCGCCAGCCAUUGUUCGAAAGACGAGAUGGCAAAAAAGAUGCUGUACUGUGCAUAGAUGAGCGACCCGAUCGCACUGCCAAACGCUAUGCAGAAAUUCAAGAAGCAUCAGAAAAAAUACACGAACUACUACACGACAAUAUGAUUCAGUUCGAUAUGCAGGAUAAACAAAAUGAUGAAAUGUGGCUCAACUAUGUGGACUUUGUCGAUAACAUCGUCUACGAAUAUUUGCUAAAGACCGUCGGUGUUAGUGUCGGAUAUAUUGUCGAGAAUAUGGAUCCAGAAAAUAAUUAUGCUCCGCUGUUUGAGGCCCGACUGGAAUUGGUAGAACCAAAUAUGGUGUUUGUACCAUCUUUGAAUCCUGCCGACAGUAUGGGUUUCAAUAAUAUGCUAAUCGAAUUGGUUCGCGAUAUCCUGAAAAUGGGAACUCUCGUGAAACGCCUUAAGAAAAAUGUCAAGCAGAAUUACGGUGAUAUGAUCAAGGCCAAUCAGGAUAUUAUCGAUAUGCGUAGGGAAAUUCUAAAUGGUGUGGAUUUGGUAAUGGAGGAGGCGGCCAUGUUUUGUCGGCAAUUCGAAAGAUAUUCGUAUUUGUGGUUGGACGAUCGCCAUGAGUGUAUGGAAUAUUUUUUGGAGUAUGGUCGCAUACUCGAUGCCGAUGAAAUCGAACUGGUCAUGCUGAACGAUGCGGCAGCCCCCAAGCCCAGUCCACCCACCAUAGAGGCGUUUCGCGAACAGAUCGACAACUACGAAAGUCUGUACAAUGAAAUUGAAGAUAUUGCACCCUUUCAAGUAUUCAGCUCCUGGUUUCAAGUCGAUGUGCGUCCCUUCAGACAGGCUUUGCUGAAUACUGUGUGCAAGUGGGGCAACAUGUUCAAGACUCAUCUGGUGACGACGGUGACUUCGAACCUCAUGGAUUUGAGUAAUUUUAUACGCAAGGCAGACGAAGGUCUACUGCAGACCGUCAAAGAGGGUGACUACGAGGGUUUGGUCAGUAUUAUGGCCUAUCUGAUGCAGGUUAAAGAGCGUGCCGUAAAAACCGAUGAAAUGUUUGAGCCAAUGCAAGAGACCAUACAGCUAUUGAAAUACUACGAUAUGGAUAUACCGGAAGAGGUGAAUGUGUUGUUGCAAGAACUGCCCGAACAAUGGGCAAAUACGAAGAAAAUUGCCAGUACAGUGAAACAGCAGGUGUCACCGCUGCAAGCCACCGAGGUGGUUAGCAUUCGUAAUAAGGUUGCCGCAUUUGAAAUUUAUGUUCAGCAAUUUCGUGAUACCUUCAAACACUAUGAUUUCUUUCGUUAUGAUUGCGCCCAGCCAUAUCUGUUGUGUGAUCGCAUCAAUGACGAUAUGUAUCGGCUGGAAUGUGAAAUGGCUGAGAUACAGGAAUCUGGUGGGCUAUUUGAAGUUAAUAUACCGGAAUUUAAGCUAUUGAAGCAAUGUCGUAAGGAGUUGCGCAUGCUGAAGCAACUGUGGGACUAUGUCUUCAUAGUCCAAACCUGCAUUGAAGAUUGGAAGACGACACCAUGGCGCAAAGUGGAUGUUGAAAACAUGGAUAUCGAGUGUAAGAAAUUUGCGAAGGAUAUUCGUCUAUUGGAUAAGGAAAUGCGUUCCUGGGACACUUUCAUAAAUUUAGAGGCAACCGUAAAAAAUAUGUUGACCUCAUUGCGAGCUGUGGGUGAACUACAAAAUCCUGCAAUAAGGGAGCGUCAUUGGAAUCAAUUGAUGAACUCAACCAAGAGUUUAGCAGCGCUCCCCAAGGAGAUAACCGUCAAAUUCAUAAUGGACCAUGACACAACACUAGCCGAACUACUUGGCCUGAAUCUGCACGAGUGCGAAGAAGAAGUCAAGAAUAUCGUAGACAAGGCCGUCAAGGAAAUGUCUAUGGAGAAAAUCCUCAGGGAUCUGAACACAACAUGGUCUGCGAUGGAAUUCGAUCAUGAACUCCACCCACGCACUGGAUGUAAUCUCCUCAGAGCCUCGGAAGAACUCAUAGAGACUCUCGAAGAUAAUCAAGUUUGUCUCCAAAAUCUCAUAACAUCCAAGUACAUCGCUCAUUUCCUCGAAGAGGUCUCAGCGUGGCAGAAUAAGCUGAUGAUCGCUGAUCAGGUAAUAACGGUUUGGUUCGAGGUGCAACGCACUUGGACACAUCUCGAGAGUAUCUUCAUGAGUUCGGAAGAUAUUCGCAAACAGCUCCCAGUCGACUCGGAUCGCUUCGAUCGCAUCGAUGCCGAAUUCCGCAUACUGAUGGAUGAAAUGGCAAACUCCUCGAAUGUCGUCACAUCCACCAACCGACCCGGGUUGAUUGAACGCUUGGAAAGUCUGCAAAAGGAGCUUACACUGUGUGAAAAGGCGCUGGCAGAGUAUUUGGAAACAAAACGUUUGGCUUUUCCUCGUUUCUACUUUGUGUCGUCGGCCGACCUGCUGGACAUCCUGAGUAACGGUAUUCAACCGGACAUGGUGACCAAGCACCUGACCAAGCUCUUCGAUUCGAUCGCUCGCUUGAAGUUUAAUCGCGACGACAAGAAUGAGGUUGAGACCGCCUCGGGAAUGUACGCCAAAGAUGGCGAAUAUGUGGAAUUUCACGAAGUGACCAGCAUGCGAGGUCCCGUAGAAGUAUGGCUUAACCGCAUACAGGCAGCCAUGCGAGUUUCGUUGCGUCACUAUAUCGGCGACGCCGUGGUUGCCUAUGAGGAAAAGCAACGUGAACAAUGGUUAUUCGACUAUCCUGCCCAAGUAUCACUCUGUGGCUCACAGAUCUGGUGGUCUACAGAAGUGAACAUCGCGUUCAGCCGCCUGGAAGAGGGUUACGAUAAUGCCAUCAAGGAUUAUUACAAGAAGCAGAUCUCUCAGCUGAGUCUGUUGAUCACUCUGCUGCUGGGCGAACUCACGAAGGGAGAUCGCCAGAAGAUCAUGACCAUCUGCACGAUAGACGUUCACUCCCGCGACGUCAUAGCAAAGAUAAUUCAGGCCAAGUUAGAUUCGGGUUCGGCUUUCAUGUGGCAAUCGCAACUGCGACAUCGUUACGACGAUGUGGAGAAGGAUUGUUUUGCUAACAUUUGCGAUGCUGAGUUCCGCUACAAUCACGAGUAUCUAGGUAAUACGCCACGUCUUGUCAUUACACCGUUGACAGAUCGCUGCUACAUAACGUUGACUCAAAGUCUGCACUUGGUAAUGGGUGGAGGUCCGGCUGGACCGGCCGGUACGGGUAAGACGGAAACUACCAAGGAUUUGGGAAGGGCCAUAGGUAUCAUGGUCUACGUGUUCAAUUGUUCGGAACAAAUGGACUACCAGUCGUGUGGCAAUAUCUAUAAAGGUUUGGCCCAGACCGGGGCCUGGGGUUGUUUUGAUGAAUUUAAUCGUAUCACAGUAGAGGUGUUGUCGGUGGUUGCCGUACAGGUAAAGUCGGUGCAGGAUGCUAUACGCGAUAAAAAGGAUAAAUUUAAUUUUAUGGGUGAAAUCAUCACCUGUGUACCAUCGGUGGGUAUUUUCAUUACAAUGAAUCCCGGCUAUGCAGGACGUACCGAGUUACCGGAGAAUUUGAAGGCGCUAUUUCGCCCAUGUGCAAUGGUGGUUCCAGACUUUGAAUUAAUUUGUGAAAUUAUGUUGGUUGCCGAAGGAUUUCAAGAUGCUCGAGUACUGGCGAGGAAAUUCAUUACCCUAUAUACGCUGUGUAAGGAGUUGCUGUCCAAACAGGAUCACUACGAUUGGGGUUUGAGGGCUAUCAAGUCGGUUUUGGUUGUGGCGGGUUCUUUGAAGCGUGGUGAUCCCGGUCGGCCCGAAGAGGAAGUACUCAUGAGGGCACUACGUGAUUUUAAUAUACCGAAAAUUGUCACCGAUGAUAUGCCGGUCUUUAUGGGUCUCAUCAGUGAUCUCUUCCCAGCCUUGGAUGUACCACGAAAACGUGAUCAAGAUUUUGAACGAACCGUAAAACAAGCCGCAUCCGAUUUGUUACUGCAAACCGAAGAUACCUUCAUACUGAAGGUGGUGCAACUGGAAGAGUUGCUGGAAGUACGACAUUCCGUUUUUAUUGUUGGUAAUGCUGGCACGGGUAAGACCCAAGUAUGGAAGACCCUAUUGCGCACCUACCAGAAUAUCAAACGGAAACCCAUCUUUAAUGACUUGAAUCCGAAGGCGGUGACCAACGACGAACUCUUCGGCAUUAUCAAUCCAGCAACGAGGGAAUGGAAGGAUGGUCUGUUCUCGGUGAUAAUGAGAGAUCAAGCAAACAUAACGGGCGAUCAACCCAGGUGGAUUGUGCUCGAUGGUGACAUAGAUCCCAUGUGGAUUGAGAGUUUGAAUACCGUAAUGGAUGACAACAAAGUUUUGACUUUGGCCAGCAAUGAGCGCAUUGCGUUGACGCCUUCGAUGCGUUUGCUCUUUGAGAUUUCGAAUCUGAGAACAGCCACUCCUGCAACGGUGUCCCGGGCGGGUAUACUGUAUAUUAAUCCGCAGGAUUUGGGAUGGAAUCCCUAUGUAACCAGCUGGGUGGAGACCCGCAAGAUACCCUCGGAAAAAUCCAAUUUGGUAAUGCUGUUCGACAAAUACAUCCCGGCAUCGCUGGAAACGAUACGUGUGCGCUUUAAGAAGAUCACACCCAUUGCUGAGAUGGCCCACAUCCAGAUGUUGUGCCAUUUGCUGGAAUGCUUUUUGACCCCGGCUAACACACCAGCCGACUGUCCCAAAGAGUGGCACGAACUGUAUUUUGUUUUUGCCUGCAUUUGGGCAUUCGGUUCGGCUAUGUUCCAGGAUCAAACCAUUGACUAUCGUGUGGAGUUUAGUAAAUGGUGGGUUAAUGAAUUCAAGACGGUGAAAUUUCCACAAGGAGGCACUGUCUUCGAUUAUUACUUGGACACUGAAACCAAACAAUUCCUACCAUGGACGGAGAAAAUACCCAAAUUUGAAUUGGAUGGUGAUUUGCCAUUGCAAGCAGUACUGGUCCACACUUCAGAGUCCAUACGCAUUAGAUUCUUCUUGGAUCUACUAAUGGAAAAGAAACAUCCGGUCAUGUUGGUGGGCACUGCGGGAUGUGGCAAAACUGUGCUAAUCAACGAGAAAUUAAAUUCAUUGUCGGAAAAUUAUGCUGUGGCCACGAUACCCUUCAAUUUCUAUACCACAUCGGAAAUGUUACAGAAAAUCCUCGAGAAACCCCUCGAAAAGAAGGCGGGUCGUAAUUAUGGACCUCCCGGAAAUAAAACCCUGAUUUACUUUAUCGAUGAUAUGAAUAUGCCAGAGGUGGAUUGUUAUGGCACGGUGCAACCUCAUACUCUAAUGCGUCAACAUUUGGACUAUGGCCAUUGGUAUGAUCGUAAUAAGUUGACGCUAAAGGAUAUCCAUAAUUGUCAAUAUGUAGCUGCCAUGAAUCCCACAGCGGGUAGUUUUACCAUAAAUCCUCGUUUACAGAGACACUUCUGUGUCCUGGCUGUUAGUUUUCCCGGCACGGAGUCCAUUACAAUGAUGUACUCAUCGAUUUUAUCACAACAUUUCGCAAAUGCAGAGCAAAAAUUCAAUCCGGUGGUUAUGAAAAUGACGCCGAAUAUUGUGGCAGCAACAUUGGCCCUUCACAAUAAGGCAUCGCAGGUGUUUUUGCCGACAGCCAUAAAAUCACAUUACAUCUUUAAUUUGCGGGAUAUAAGUAAUGUUUUCCAGGGCUUGCUGUUCAGUUCGGCUGAUUGUCUACCUAUGCCCACAGAUUUGAUACGCCUGUGGCAGCACGAAACGCAAAGGGUCUAUGCCGAUAAGCUUACCGAUGAAAAGGAUAUCGAUAGCUUUACGAAAAUGCAGCACGACAUUGUGAAGAAAUCCUUCGAAGAAAUUGACGAAUCGGUGAUAUUCGAUAAACCCAACAUCUAUUGUCAUUUCGCUGGAGGAAUUGGUGAACCUAAGUAUAUGCCAAUACCGGCAUGGACUGAGCUUCACAAACUCCUCCAGGAGGCAAUGUCUUCAUAUAAUGAUUUGGUGGCGGCCAUGAAUUUGGUGUUGUUCGAAGAUGCCAUGAUGCAUGUGUGCCGCAUCAAUCGGAUAUUGGAGUCGCCGCGGGGCAGUGCAUUGUUGGUGGGUGUGGGCGGCAGUGGCAAACAGUCAUUGUCAAGGUUGGCGGCGUUUAUAUCCAGUUUAGAGGUGGUCCAAAUUCAAUUGAAAAAGGGCUAUGGCGUGAGUGAUUUAAAGAAUGAAUUCUCCGGCCUCUAUUUGAAAUCUGGUUUGAAAAAUGUCGGCAUUAUGUUCCUCAUGACCGAUGCCCAAAUACCCAGCGAAGAUUUUCUGGUCCUAAUCAACGACAUGCUGUCCACGGGUGAAAUUCCCGAUCUCUUUCCCGAUGAUGAAAUUGAGAACAUAAUUGCUGGGGUACGCAAUGAAGUCAAAGGUGCUGGCCUGGUCGAUACCCGUGAGAAUUGUUGGAAAUUCUUCAUCGAUCGCGUACGCAAACAACUGAAAAUAGUUUUAUGCUUUUCACCAGUCGGCUCAACCUUGAGGGUACGCUCCAGGAAAUUCCCCUCCAUCAUUAAUGCCACUUCGAUCAAUUGGUUCCACGAAUGGCCGCAGGAAGCUCUCAUAUCCGUGGCCAUGAACUUUUUGUCUCAAAACGAAGUUCUACCAGAUCAUCAUCGAGAUUCGGUUGCCAAAUUUAUGGCUUAUGUUCACACCUCGGUGAAUGCCACCUCCAAGGUGUAUUUGCAAAAUGAGCGUCGUUACAAUUAUACGACCCCGAAAAGUUAUCUGGAACAAAUUAGCCUGUAUCUGAAGCUCUUGAAUGGCAAACACGAAGAUUUACAAAGAAAAAUUGUGCGUUUGGAAAAUGGUCUGGAAAAAUUGCGAUCAACAGCAGUGCAAGUUGCUGACCUCAAAGUCAAACUUGCAGUCCAGGAAGUGGAACUGAAAGAGAAAAAUGAGGCAGCCGAUGCUUUGAUUGAAAUUGUGGGCAUUGAAACGGAGAAGGUGCAAAGUGAAAAGGCCUUGGCCGAUGAGGAAGAAAUGAAAGUGGCCAUAAUUGCCGAUGAAGUUUCAAAGAAACAAAAAGAUUGCGAAGAAGAUUUAUUGAAGGCCGAACCUGCUUUGGUGGCAGCACAAGAGGCUUUGAAUACCCUGAAUAAAGCCAACUUAACAGAAUUGAAAUCUUUUGGUUCUCCUCCGGGAGCAGUAACAAAUGUUACUGCUGCUGUUAUGGUCCUGUUGGCUCCGGGUGGUAAAUUACCCAAAGAUCGUUCAUGGAAAGCGGCCAAAAUUGCAAUGGCCAAGGUGGAUAGUUUUCUGGAUUCUCUCAUAACAUACGAUAAAGAAAAUAUACAUCCGGAAAUUAUUAAAGCUAUACAACCGUAUCUUAAAGAUCCAGAAUUUGAACCGGAAUUUGUUCGUUCGAAGUCGGGCGCCGCUGCUGGUUUAUGUGCCUGGGUUAUAAAUAUUAUUAAAUUUUAUGAGGUAUAUUGUGAUGUGGAACCGAAGCGUAAGGCACUGGCAGCAGCAAAUGCUGAAUUGGCUGCAGCUCAGGAGAAAUUGGCGGGAAUUAAGAGGAAAGUUGCGAGUUUGGAAGAACAGCUGGCCAAGCUAACAGCUGAUUUCGAACAGGCAACAGCUGAUAAAGUGCGUUGCCAAAAGGAGGCCGAUGCUACACAGGCAACCAUUGCAUUGGCAAAUCGUUUAGUUGGUGGCUUAGCUAGUGAGAAUGUACGCUGGGCUGAGGCUGUAAAUAAUUUUGUCAAACAAGGUAUCACUCUGCCCGGAGAUAUUCUACUGAUAACUGCCUUCAUUUCAUAUGUCGGAUGUUUCACUAAACAAUUUCGCAUUGAUUUAAUGCAAAAAAUGUGGACACCAUUUUUGAAGAACUUGGAUCCACCCAUACCUACCACAGAGAAUUUAGAUCCUUUAUCUUUGUUAACUGAUGAUACCACUGUGGCUGUGUGGACCAAUGAAGGUUUGCCAUCGGAUCGCAUGAGUAUUGAGAAUGCCACAAUUUUAUCGAAUUCGGAACGAUGGCCAUUGAUGAUUGAUCCUCAGUUGCAAGGUGUUAAAUGGAUCAAAGAGAAAUAUGGCGAUUCCUUGACGGUUAUACGCAUGGGUCAGCGUAGUUAUUUGGAUACAAUUGAAACAGCCAUUACCAAGGGUCACACAGUACUCAUAGAAAAUAUUGAUGAGAAUUUAGAUCCAGUCUUGGAUUCUUUACUGGGACGUAAUCUUAUAAAGAAAGGAAAAGCCAUUAAAGUCGGUGACAAAGAAAUCGAAUACAAUUCUAAUUUCCGCUUAAUCUUGCACACAAAAUUAGCUAAUCCUCACUACAAACCAGAAAUGCAAGCACAAACCACUCUAAUUAACUUCACUGUGACCCGCGAUGGUCUGGAAGAUCAACUUUUAGCCGAAGUUGUUAAGGCUGAGAGGCCUGAUCUGGAAGAACUGAAAGCGGAAUUGACAAAACAACAAAAUGACUUUAAAAUUAUGUUGAAGAAACUGGAAGAUGAUCUACUAUCACGGUUAUCCUCAGCAGGAGAGAAUAUUUUGGGCGACACAGCCUUGGUGGAGAAUUUGGAAACUACUAAGAGUACAGCUUCGGAAAUUGAACGGAAGGUUGCUGAGGCUAAAAUAACCUCAAAAGAAAUUGACAAGGCUCGUGAGUAUUAUCGCCCUGCGGCAGCUAGGGCCAGCUUACUUUAUUUUAUACUCAACGAGCUGAACACCAUUAAUCCGAUCUACCAAUUUUCGUUAAAGGCUUUUAGUGUGGUCUUCCAAAAGGCCAUUGCCAAAGCCGAACCUGGAGACACCUUAGAUGUGCGUGUUACCAAUCUCAUUGAUUGUAUUACCUACUCAGUGUUCCAGUACACCACCCGAGGCCUUUUCGAGUGUGACAAAUUGAUAUUUACCUCUCAGAUGACUUUCCAGAUAUUACUGAUGAGCGAAGAAAUCACUUCUGCGGAACUGGACUUCUUACUCCGCUUCCCGAUCAAACCCCAUGUUACAAGUCCCGUCGACUUUCUAUCGAAUCAAUCGUGGGGCGGAAUAUGCAGUCUAUCGUCCAAAGAUGAAUUUCGUAAUUUGGAUCGUGACAUAGAGACAUCUUCGAAACGUUGGAAAAAAUUAGUGGAAUCGGAAUUGCCGGAAAAAGAGAAAUUUCCACAGGAAUGGAAAAAUAAGACAGCACUGCAAAGACUAUGCAUGAUAAGGGCCUUAAGGCCGGAUCGUAUGACAUAUGCAUUGUCGGACUUCAUUGAGGAGAAGCUUGGUUCGAAAUACGUUGAAAAUCGUGCCAUGGAAUUCGCCAAGUCCUAUGAAGAGGCUUCCCCUUCCACGCCGAUUUUCUUUAUCCUAUCUCCUGGUGUUAAUCCCCUCAAAGAUGUAGAGGCUUUGGGUAAACAAUUAGGCUUCAGUAUGGAUUUGGGUAAUUUCCAUAAUGUCUCACUGGGUCAAGGCCAAGAAGCCAUAGCCGAGGCUGCAAUGGAUAUUGCUGCUAAAAAUGGACACUGGGUGGUAUUGCAGAACAUUCACUUAGUGCGCAAAUGGCUGCCCACAUUGGAAAAGAAAUUGGAAUAUUAUGCCGAGGGAUCACAUGAGGAUUAUCGCAUGUUCUUGAGUGCUGAACCGGCCUCAACACCAUCAGCCCAUAUUAUUCCACAGGGCAUUUUGGAAUCUUCCAUUAAAAUCACCAACGAACCUCCCACAGGUAUGUUGGCCAAUCUCCACAAAGCUUUGGACAAUUUCACCCAAGAGACCCUGGAAAUGUCUAGCAAGGAAGCUGAAUUCAAGGCUAUACUUUUCUCACUAUGUUAUUUUCAUGCUGUGGUGGCGGAACGUCGCAAAUUUGGGCCUCAGGGCUGGAAUAAGGUCUACCCCUUUAAUGUUGGAGACUUGAAUAUAAGUGUUUCGGUUCUGUACAAUUAUCUGGAGGCCAAUGCCAAGGUACCAUGGGAGGAUCUGCGCUAUCUGUUCGGUGAGAUUAUGUACGGUGGCCAUAUUACGGAUGAUUGGGAUCGCAAGUUGUGUAUUAUGUAUUUGGAAGAGUAUAUGCAGCCAGAUUUGGUGGAUGGUGAGCUAUUUUUGGCUCCUGGUUUCCCAGCACCGCCGAAUACCGAUUAUCAGGGUUAUCACAACUACAUUGAGGAGAAUAUGCCCGCUGAGUCACCCUACUUAUAUGGUUUACAUCCAAAUGCUGAAAUUGGUUUCUUAACCACCAGGGCGGAAAACGUUUUCCGUACAGUAUUUGAAAUGCAGCCAAGGGAUGCUGGAGCCGGUGGUGGAGCCACGGUGACCCGAGAAGAUAAAGUCAAACAAAUUGUUGAUGAAAUAAUUGAAAAAUUACCCGAGGAAUUCAAUAUGGUGGAAAUUAUGAACAAGGUGGAGGAGAGAACACCCUAUGUCAUUGUGGCCUUCCAAGAGUGUGAACGUAUGAACUAUCUGACCAGUGAAAUGAAACGUAGCCUAAGGGAAUUGGAUUUGGGUUUGAAAGGAGAAUUGACAACCACCUCGGAUAUGGAGAUAUUGGAAAAUGCUUUAUUCCUCGAUCAGGUGCCACCAUCGUGGGCAGCUCGUGCUUAUCCCUCGUUAUUGGGUUUGAAUAAUUGGUUUAUUGAUUUGUGUUUGCGUCUACGUGAAUUGGAGACAUGGUCCACCGAUUUUGUGCUUCCCUCUGUGGUUUGGUUGGCUGGCUUUUUCAAUCCACAAUCACUGUUGACAGCAAUUAUGCAAAGUACAGCCCGGAAGAAUGAGCUGCCAUUGGACAAAAUGUGUCUGGUCUGUGAUGUGACCAAGAAACAAAAAGAAGAUUUCACAUCUGCGCCGCGAGAAGGCGCCUACAUUCAUGGCAUAUUUAUGGAAGGCGCCAGAUGGGACAUACAGCAGGGUAUAAUUAUGGAAUCGCGUCUCAAAGAAUUAUAUCCACCAAUGCCGGUUAUUAAUAUACGGGCCAUUACACAAGACAAGCAAGAUUUACGCAACAUGUACGAAUGUCCCGUCUAUAAGACCCGCACCCGUGGACCAACCUAUGUGUGGACAUUCAAUUUGAAAACCAAAGAUAAACCAGGAAAAUGGACACUGGCCGGAGUGGCAUUGCUGUUACAAACUUAAAA